CGCUCUCAUAAUACUUUCUUAAAAUUAGAUUAACACCCCACCUCUUCUGCAUCUUUACCACCUACCUCGCAGUAAAAGCCUUCUUCUUGCAAACAAAUGGAAAAGUAGAAAGCAGCUGAGAAAAUGGUCCCGUAGAAGAAUACUUCUCUCUCCACUCAUUGCACCGUUCAUUUCUAAAUCUGUUGAAGGAUACAGGGGAAGGUAACUUGAAGAAGCAGAGUGAUCAUCAUGCAACCAGCAAGUAGAAGAAGGGCUAUAAUUAGAAAUGGAGUGAUGGCUGGCUCUGUUUGGGAGACGAGGAUGAAGAUGGAUGAAGUUAAGGGAGGAAUCAAGGUGUUCAAUACCGCCGGAGAGAGCCGCGAUGAUGAGGAGGGGCUGCGGGUUUACAGGCGGCUACGAAGAAACCAGAGCGAUGGCGUCGAUGCGGAGAAGAAGAAGAGGAAGAGCUGGAGGGAACCUGAACCGCAGAGGAGCCCAAUUCAGCUCAGGAAGGCGCGGUCAAUUGAAAUUGGCUGCAAGAGGGGAGAGGAAGAGAAGGGUGUGUUGCUUAUUUGUGGUGGGCAGGGGAAUGAGAAGGAGAUGGAGGAGGAGGAAGAAGAUGAGGCCGUUGUGAUAGAAGUGGAGGAGGAGAGAAGGAGCUUUGAUGAUAAGGAGAUGGAUCUGCCUGUGGAGAAAGAGAAGAAGAUUGAAGAAGUUCAUGAAACACAGGUAUCUCCAUCGCCUGAGUCUGAGAAGAAGGCUUCUUAUGUGGAAGAUCUCAGAGAGAAGGACCCAGAUCCUGUCGCACUGAGUCAAGGAGAAGAAGAAGGAGAAGAAGAGGAAAUUUUGCUUGAGACCAGCUAUGGGAAUUCAAACAGGAUGCAACAUAUUGUUGAUUUAGUAAUGUGGAGAGAUAUAUCAAAAACUGCUUUUGCUUUUGGAUUCGGAACAUUUGUCCUUGUCUCUUCUUCCUAUGCUAAAGAUCUCAACUUCAGCUUGAUUUCUGUGAUUUCAUAUUUGGGUCUUCUGUAUCUCGCAGCAAUCUUUAUCUUUAGAUCCAUUCUGCGAAGGGGAGAGGAGGCCGUGGAGUUUGAUGAGGGCGAUGGAAGCUACAACUUGGUGGGAGAAGAAGAAGCCAUUUGGAUUGUAAGAAGAAUCCUUCCUUACUUAAAUGAGCUUCUUUUAAGAACCAGAGCCUUGUUUUCAGGUGACCCAGCGACAACCAUGAAGAUGGCAGUGUUUUUGUUCGUUAUGGGCAGGUGUGGAAGCUCCAUUACCUUGUGGACUUUGGCCAAGCUGGGCAAAUUUUGGCUAGAAAGAUUUCGAGACGGCUGGGAAUCAUGCACACACAAGAAAGCAAUAGUCGCUGCCAUCUUCACACUCAUUUGGAACCUAUCAUCCACUAUUGCCCGAAUCUGGUCCGUGUUCAUGUUAGUCGUAGCCAUACGACUAUAUCAGCAAUGCAUGACAACAACAUGGGAUGAAGAUGUUCCGAUCGAGCAAAAUCAUCAACAACAACAACAACAACAUCAUCAACAUCUGCAGCAACAACAACAGCGACAAAAUGUUAGGCGUAGCCCUAGCUUAACAAAGGCAAAAAAAAGGACAUAGAUUACCAGCUAAAGAAGGUAGGGUAAAUGCAAGAGCUCCAUUAGAAGUGAAUUUAGAGAGGGUAAAAAUACAAAGAAACAUGAGAUUCCCUCAGCUUUAUGUCUUCCAUUAUUUCAUAAUGCCUGUGCAUGUGAGCCCUCCCUUGUUCAUGGUGUGACAACCAACCAUAAUAAUAAUUGGAUAACAUGUGUGUUACAAUUAUCAAGCUGGCCAUCAGCUUUGGAUUCCUUAGAAUGUGAAUUUUAUAUUUUUUUAUGGCACUGAUUCAGCUAAUAAAUGGUAGAAAUUUAGCCGUUCAA